GGAGGCUCAGGUGGGAUGGAGACAUAUUAUAUCCGCGGUGUGAACCGCAGGGGGCUGUUCCUCAGGAAAAGCGAGUGCAAGUUCAGUGGGUUUGCCCGUUCUUUGCGGGAGGACGCUGCCCGUGGGCGGGUCCGGCGCGGCGGCGGAGGCGGAGUGGGGCGGGACGCGAUGGCUGCCGAGCUGCGUGAGGCGCUGGAGCGGCGGCUGCGGGAGCUGGGCAUCGCCACCGUCACCGCCGAACACCCCCAGGUGUUCACUGUUGAAGAAAUGAUGUCCCACGUCCAACACAUGAAAGGAGGUCACAGUAAAAACCUGUUUCUUAAAGACAAAAAGAAGAAAGGGUUCUGGCUGGUGACCGUCCUGCACAACAGGCAGGUCAAUUUGAAUGAACUUGGUAAAAAACUGGGUGUUGGAAGUGGAAACCUAAGAUUUGCUGACGAAAACGCCAUGCUGGAAAAGCUCAAAGUGGGUCAGGGCUGUGCCAUGCCGCUCGCCCUCUUCUGUGACCAGGGAGAUGUGAGGCUGGUGCUGGACGCUGCCUUGCUUCAAGGGGGCCAUGAAAAGGUGUAUUUUCAUCCAAUGACAAAUUCUGCAACCAUGGACUUAAGCCCCGACGACUUCCUGAAGUUUGUGAGAUCAACAGGCCACAAUCCCAUCAUUGUACACUUCGAUGAAGACAUUAAAUAGAGGAAGUUCA